AUGGUGUCAUUGAGAAGCACUGUCCUGGCGUUGUCCAUAGCCGUUGCGCACGCGGCUCAACGCAGCGAUAGCCAGAAGCCAAUUAUACAAAAACACCAAGAUUUACUGAAUCCACUCAAUGACACAUUUGCGAAGUUGGUUCAGGAGUCGCUUGAUGUGUGGCACGUCCCCGGCAUCGCGGUCGGUGUCAUUGACGGUGACCACAUUUACACCGAGGGUUACGGCUACGCAACACUUCCGGACGUGCGUGCCACCGCUGACACGCUGUGGUACGGCGCGUCGACAUCCAAGGCGCACGCCGCGGCGCUGCUCUCACAGCUCAUCCAUUCGGGCAACUACAGCCAAUUCCCGCUCGGCUGGGAGACGACCAUCUCGUCUAUCAUACGAGACGACUUUGUGCUACCGAAUGAGUGGGCGACGGCGCACGUCACGCUCAAUGAUGCCGCGAGCCACCGCACCGGCAUGGGCCGGCACGACCUAGCGAUGCACCACCUGCGCAACGGCCGGCCCGAGACGCCGCGAGACGUGGCGCGGCGUCUGCGUCAUCUCGGAAUGACGGCGGAGCCGCGCGUGCGGUAUUCGUACUGCAACUUCAUGUACACGACGCUGGGCCACGUGCUCGAGACGGCGACGGGCGCGUGGCUCGGCGAGGCGCUGCGGAUGCGCCUCUGGGAGCCGCUGGGUAUGGCGUCGACGUACUUUGACGUGGAGGACGCGCUGCGCGCGCCGGAGCACUUUGCGGCUGGCUACGCGUGGGACGAGCGCGCGGGCAACUACACGACGGUGGACUACAUGUCGGUGAAGGAAGUCGGCGCGGCGGGCUCGGUCAUUUCCAACGUCAAGGACUAUGCGAUAUGGGUCAAGAGUCUGCUGGACAAGAGCGGGCCGUUAUCGGCGGAGACGCAUGCGGAUAUCAGAAAGCCCCGAAUGCUGGUCCUUGAAGAGCUUAAAGACAGCUUGGAAGCAAAGACGUACGGCCUUGGCUGGAUUCGCGAGACCAUCCAUGGUCAUGUUGUGUACCAGCACUCGGGUGGCAUGCAUGCAUAUGGCGCCGAGGUGUUUUGGUUGCCCGAUAUCAAGUUCGGCAUUGUUGCUUUUGGCAACACUGCCAUUUCGUCCAACUUUGUGGAGCUCGAGGUUGUGUACCGCCUGAUAGAGGACAAGUUGAACAUUCCGGCUAAGGAGAGGAUCGAUAUUCGAGCUAGAUCGAUGAAGAUUAGGGACAGUGUGUUGACAAGAGAAGAGGCCAUCAAGUUGCUCUUCCCGGACCGGCCCGAAACGCCGCAGCUGGGAUCUUUUGACGUCGGCCAGCUUGUUGGGCACUACAGGGACGAAGGCUGGGGCGAUGUCGUCUUCACAGUGUCGCAUGACCUAGACAUCAACAAGACUGUUCUCAUUGCGCCGCGAGAGGAGGCCACGUUCAGGCACACCUUCGUCUUGGAACACAUUACGGGUGACUAUUGGCUCGUAAAAGCCGCCAUGCUGGGCAACAGUCGCUACACCGAAGAGUUUUUCAGUGCGAAAUUCGUGGCCGGGAUCGAUGGAAAGCCCACGACGAUGGAACUGGACACGGCUCAAGGUGCCGGAGACCCCGGCGAUGGAAUCAUUCGGUUCGUCAAGUCGGAUUGA